AAGACAUGUGCAACAGCUGAGUAACUUUAGUAUCGAAACUUUCCAUCUGCUCUGCAGGUUUCUUCAGUUGAAUACAGAGGUGACAUAUUGUCGACACCAGAAAGACCGGAGAGGCUGUGUGCGGGUGCAUGAGCCAGAGUUUGAUUGAUCCCAUUCCUCGUCCCUGCCGUACUCUGGGUCGACCUUCGGACCUUGAGCUGGAUCCCGCCAGGAGCCACAACGAGUACCCGGCAGGAGGAGUAUUGAUGGCCUUGGCUUCCAUCCCUGCAGGCUUGGAUGGUGUCUUCGAGUUCUACCUGUGUCCCCAGUCAGACAACUCUGCAGAGGAGUGUCUGGAGAGGAUACCGCUGGAACUGGGUGACGGCUCUGGCUCAGUCUUCAACCUGACCUCCGUUACUCGUCCUGACAAGUACGAGAUCGCUAUCAGGAUUCCUGACGAUGUUACCUGCGACCUCUGUACCCUACAGCUGCGGGUGGUGGUGAACUGUCGGGAUCCCUCCAAGUGUGUUAGAGUGGACGAUGUCUUCUGCUCUGAUGUCACCGUCCGCGAGGCCAAAGACUCCGAGAAAAGGAUGUUUGCACUUCUUUUCCAGGUUCUCGGCGGAAUAAUUAAAAGUAUUAGAAGAGUCUAACGCCGUAACCUGUGUGGCUACAGGAUGAUACAUAAAAGAACAGACUAGAUCUACUCUCGAUACCUGUGUUUCCCCUCAAUUUACACUUACACUCACCCAAAUGACUGUAAACAUAAAAGGUCGAAUAAAGCUAUUGCCAAACAAAUCUUAAACUAGUCAUAAGUUUGCCUGAGAUACUCCAAUAUAGGAGCUAUAAUGUAAACUGUGUAUCGUGCCAAGACCAACCAUUCUCAUUGCUAAAUUUACAAACUAUAAUGUAGUUACCUAGCUUUAAUAUCAAUAUCCUCCAUAACUUGUAUCAAUAUACAGUUUGAAUUAGUCUGACUGAAACGCCUAGUUAUGCUAGGCAUGAUAGUGGCCCUCUUUGUAAUUAGUAUUUUAUAAUAUGCAAACCACAAAUUGUAAUCUUUCCAGAGAAUAAACUAUUGAUUUGAUUUAA